GUGUUGCAGAGCUCUGCUAAGUGAUUUUCUCAGGGAAAUCUAAGAAAAAUGUUAAUACAGAGCUUUCAAAUGGCUUCCAAGAAAUGAUCUAUAAUAUUGUUAGCUGUGGUAAUAAGGGGCCCUAGCUAGGGGAUUUUAGGGGCAGUAAAUGUCAGCCUUGUUAUAGCUCUAAUUAAGAUCAUCGAGGGAUUUCCCAAGAGGCUCCUCCUUCUUCCAGCCCCUUCACUGAGUCACCCAAGCGUGUGAGGAAGGUUUAGAAGCCACCAACUAUAAAAAUGCUGGCGGUCCCUAAAGAUCAAGAAUUGGAACUCUCUGAAUGCAGCCUGAACCUUCCCCAGUAUGCAGAUAGCAUUGCUGAACUCUGGAUGCCGUUGCUGGGGAACUUGGAUACUGGACGAGCCUCGAGGUGGUGAUGCUCUCACAGCUAUUGCUAUAGUCAGGAAAACCCCCGGCAAGCUUAGGGGGUCCCCCUUUACCUCUGCUUCGCCUCAGAAAUCCGUUCUGGGCUCAGAGCAAAGACGAUAAGCUCUUCUGAUCUCCUGCUUGGUAGAGGGCAACUGAUCCCGCCGCUUUGUCCAGAACGAGGCUGGGUGGGCACCUGUGAGUUUCCGUAGGCAAUCGGUGAAUUUCCACAUGGACAAUUAGUUCACGAGAUACAUCAACAACCAACUUUAUCACCUGGAAGUGCCUCCUUGAGGGACAAGAGGGGGGCAACAGGCUAGAGCGCGCUGGUAACUGGUCUCCUGUGUGCUAGCUUUCUUCAAGACCCCAACAUGGGAAACAGCCCCGAAAAACUGGAGGCCAUCCUGGCACUUGCCAUACUACCCUGGCUGACUCUGGUCCAGGGUUCCUGCAGCAGCUGUCCGGCUGGUACUUUCUGGAAUGGUACAGACUGUGGAAAAGACAAAAAUCAGGCAUGUAUCCCAUGCCCCCCAAAUAGUUUCUCUAGUACAGCCGGGGAUCAGAGGACAUGUGACAUAUGCAGGAGGUGCAAAGGUACUUUCAGAACUAAGAGAGAAUGUACUCCAACGAGUAAUGCAGAGUGUGAAUGUAUCUCCGGGCUUCAUUGUUCUGGAGUAGGAUGUGAGAGUUGCCAACCAGAUUGUAAAGAAGGUCAAGAAUCUACAGUAAAAGGUUGUAGAGACUGUAGCUUUGGUACCUUUAAUGAUCAGAAACAAGGGAGCUGCAGACCCUGGACAAACUGCUCUUUGAAUGGGCUUGUCGUGCUCGUAAAUGGAACCAGUAAAACGGAUGUGCUGUGUGGACCCACCAGAACGGAUGCCCCCCCGGCUACCACCUCCGGAACAGUUCCUGCUUUUCUCGUGAAGACUGAUAAGAACCAACAACUAGUCACCUUCACUCUGGCUCUGGUGAUGGCAGUAGGAUUCUUUGUGCUCCUCACCUUUUCAUGGUUCUAUUUUGCCAUCAGGAACAAAAAGAAACUGUCCUUCCUGCUUCAGCAAACUCUUAAAAAACCAGUACAGAUUGCCCAAGAAGAGGAUGCCUGUAGCUGUGGGUUUCCAGAAGAGGAACAAGGAGAGCGUGAAAUCAUCAAAUUCCAAUCUGAGCUGCAUUUGGAGCUGAUUUUAAAGGACUCAAAGCAGUAAGACUUUGGGACCAUUCACACAGCAGCAGAAAAUUUGUCUACUGAUAUUGCUUGGGAAGAAACCUAAGAAAGACCACGCUGGUUUCAAGAGAAGGAUCCGAGUCUAAAUCAGAUGGAGUGUUGCCUCAGAAUAGGCUUUGAAUUGGAGCUGUAGAGGAGAGCAGUUCCCUUCAGUUGUACAUUUUACAAGCUAUCCAUAACUGCCCAUCCUGUUUGACUCGUCCUACAUUCCCCACGGAUGGGGUCGACCUAACAUGCCAGAAGCCUUCACUGUUUUCUCCUGACAUUUUAAGGGCAUCUUCUGUCCAGUUCCUCACUGAUUUUAGAGGGCAUCCCCAAAGUCUUAAGGCUUAAAAAUGACACUUAUAUUGUGGAGACCCUCUCCACCUCAUCUAAGCUCAGUUAUUGUACAUCCAGACAGUUUUUCUGUGUUGUGACAUGCAAUCAAAUUCUUUUAAAAGGCAGGAAGCCUCAACGUAUGUCUGUAUGAUUCCUUUCAAUUAGCACAGUUUGGCUUGAGCCAUUAACAGGUCUUUUAGUGGAUAAGGGAAACAGAGGUAAGGGUCUUAUAAAUAUAUAAAUAUAUGUGUAGAUGUAUAAAAUUAAAUGCAUAUUUAAAUUUAAAA